AUGAAGAUCACAAUCCAACAGCCUAAAAACGACACUGCCACCUCCACCCCAACUCCUCAGGUCAAUGGAGCAUUACAGAAAGAGAGUGCAUAUGCGACUUUGGGUGGAUUAGACGCACAAAUCGAAGAAUUGAGAAAGCUGGUCGAACUCCCACUAAAGCGACCGGAUCUCUUCCAACAAUACGGAUUACCGGCUCCUCGCGGGUUAUUACUAUUUGGACCACCAGGAACGGGAAAGACAACUUUGGCAUACAGCGCAGCCAAAUCGUGCGUUCCCACUACAUCCAUCGAAACCAUCUCUGGUCCGGAAUUAACAAGCAGCUUACACGGUGGAACAGAAAGAGCUCUUCGCAAAGUGUUUGCUCGGGCUAGAAAGAAUGCUCCAAGUGUGGUGAUAAUUGAUGAAAUCGACGCACUAGCACCCAGAAGAGACGGGGACGUAGAAGGAGCGGGAGAAGUGGAAAAGCGAGUCGUUGCAACGCUUUUGACAUUGAUGGACGGUUUGGGAGCGGACGGAAAAGAGGACUCGAGGGUCGUUGUGAUUGCUGCAACAAACAGACCAAACGCUUUAGAUCCGGCUUUGCGAAGACCUGGUCGUUUGGAUCGUGAGAUCGAGGUCGGAAUCCCUACCAGCACAGCACGUUUGGAAAUCUUGCAGGUUUUGCUAAAGGGUGUACCCCAUUCACUCACCUCCGAAACCAUCAAAGCUGUGGCUGAUAGGACACAUGGAUACGCGGGAGCAGAUCUUUCUGCACUUGUUCGCGAAGCUGGAAUGCAGGCGCUCUCUCGUGAUAUGGCCUCUGCUCAUGCAGAUCUUAGCAGCCAAUUGGAAAACAUGUCGCUCGCAUCUUCUCAAUCAAAUGGUCUGACCGAAUCAGAUUUUCUGUUCGCACAAGCAAAAGUCAGACCAUCAGCAAUGCGUGAGAUUUCAUUGGAAUUACCCAAAGUGACUUGGGAUGAUAUUGCGCCUGGGCAAUCUGGCUUGGAUGUUCAACGUAAGAUUCGUGAAUGUGUCGAAUGGCCGUUGAAGCAUCGAUCCACGAUGCAAAGAUUGGGAAUUGAUGCCCCACGUGGAGUACUUUUGUAUGGUCCUCCAGGAUGUAGCAAAACGCUCAUUGCCCGUGCUCUUGCAAGUGAAAGCGGCUUAAAUUUUGUGGCUGUAAAGGGGCCAGAACUACUCAACAAAUACGUUGGUGAAAGUGAACGUGCUUUACGGGACGUUUUCAGAAAAGCGAGAGCGGCUGCACCAUCAAUCAUAUUCUUUGAUGAAAUUGACGGAAUGACAACAGCAAGAGGAAGUGGAGAUGGAGGUGAUCGACUCAUUACCACACUGCUCAAUGAAAUGGAUGGAGUUGAACAGCUAUCCAACGUCAUCGUCAUUGCUGCUACCAAUCGACCCGACGUUCUUGAUGCUGCUCUUUUACGACCUGGAAGAUUAGAUAGACUUUUAUACGUUGGGCCACCCGAUCUUGAAGCCCGUAAGCAGAUUCUCUCUAAGAGAACACAAGCGAUGGCUUUGGCAGAGGACGUCAAUCUCAGCUUGAUUGCUGAUCUGACUCACGGCUGCUCAGGCGCAGAAGUGGUUUCAAUCUGCAAUGAUGCCGGUCUGCGUGCUAUGAAUGAGAGCAUCUCAAUAGAGGCCGUUCGUCAGGAUCACUUGGAAUCUGCAGCCAAGCAAGUUCGUCGUAGAAUUACUCCACAGAUGAUCAGACAAUAUGAAUCGUGGCGGGAUCAACUUGUACUUUAA